AGCCCUGCUGGGACCUUGGGGAAGUUGCACUCAAGCGCCUCCCGGGGUCAUUACCACCACCCUGCACGAUCUAGCGGAGAUGCUGCGAGUGUCUGCCACCCACCGGGAGCGCAGGCGCCCGGAGAUCAUGGGCGCUCGCCUCAAGUUCCGCACCAACGAGUCCACCGAGCGCCUCCACGCUGGUAUCAUCGGCCGUAGCCUUGGCCGGUCCUUUGCCAACGUGCUGCUGCUUACGAAGGUGCUCAUGGCCUUUCGGGAGGUGAUGCACCUCUCGGUGCUGGGCCGACUACUGCAGCAGCGCACCAGCCGGCUGCGCCGCGAGAAGGCGGCGCCAGAUGUGCACUGCGCGGAGCUGGUCUGGCGGGCCUGGCGACACAUCACGGUGCUGGACGUGCGGCAGCGCGCCAGCGAGGCUGAGAUCGUGCGAGGCCGUGCCGCGCUGGUCAGAGUCUUCGCGCGAGCGAAGCUCACCGUCAAGCGCGGCCUUCGGCAGAGGACCAGCCAGCAGGGCCGGGAGGACUUGUCCAAGGCCGUGGAGCUGCUGCAUGCGCGUCAGCUGCAGCAGACGCUGCAGUGCUGCAUCGCUGCCUGGCGCGAUGCGCUGCGCAUCCAGAGCCUAGAGAGCUACUCCCAGCAUCUCGAAGCUCUGCGAGAGAGGACGCCGGGCUUUGCGCAGCGAGUGGUCAGCCAAGCAGAUGAGGCGCACUUGCUGUCUUGCCUCGUUUGUUGGGCGGCCAGCGUCGCCUUGACGCGGCAAGGACGCUUGCUGAAGGACACGGAGAUGUCCUUGCAAGAGAUGCUGGGCGUGGCUGACCACCUGCAAAAGCAGCUGCAGAGCUGCGAGGCCAACAAGGCACGGCUGCAAGCAGCUGGCCAGGGGUGUUUGCGACGCAGUACCGCCCGCACGGAGAGGGAGCUGCUGAAAGGCAGCUGGCUGGGCUGGCGGCGCCUGCGACAGGCCAGCCGUUGGCGCGGGCAGCGCCUCGCCGCGCGAGGUCUGGCCCUGCGGCUGCGGCGAGCGGAGGGGGCGCUGCAGGCGUGGCAGCUGUUCUGCCAGCUUGGCCGGCAGAAGCGCAGGAAUUUGGAGCUCGGCCAAAGUGCCAUAGCUCAGCUUCAGAAGCAGCAGCUGUGCUGUAUGCUAGACGCAUGGGUAGAUUUCAUCAGACAGAGCAAGGAGGAGGCACUCCGGGAGCAGCAACGGGAGCGGAGGAGAAUUGCUGCCGAGCACCGCUUUUGGCAGUGCGCCUGUCGCACGCGGCGGGCAGCGCUGGAGGCCUGGCGAAACGCGCAUGAGCGCCGCAAGCUCCUGCGCAAGGCCAGCUGCCAGGGGGAGUGGCGCCGGGCGGCGCGGGAGGAGCAGCUUCUGCUGCGGUUGGUCUCGGCCUGGCGCUUCCAGAGCCUCCUGCAGCGCUCGGAGCGCCAGAGGUGUCGGGACCUGCAGCAGGUGGAGGCGAGCAAAAGCAGCGCGGUGGACUCGGCCUUCCAGAGCGCCAUGCUGGCGCUGGAGCGGUGCCAGGAGCAGCCCGGGCCCUUCCACCUGCGGCUCCUCGCGGAGUGGCACGGCCUCGUGGUCCAAAGGAAGACGCGCGAGGCGAGGAAGUGCAGCUUCCUCCGUGCCGCAGCGGCCCGGACCGGCGGUCUGGAGGAGAUGCUCUUGACUACGUGCUUCCACGGCUGGCAGCGAGACACCGAUGCCGCGCUGGCCAGCCGCGCCGCCGCGCAGUCCUUGCGCUGCACGCGCCGGGAGAUGCGGGGCCGCGCGCUGGAAGCGCUGAGGGGCCGGCGAGACGCGGAGAGCGAGUCCUUGCAGCUCUUGCUCUUCAUGGCGUGGCAAAGGUGUCUCAUGCAGGGCAAGCUGGAGAAGGAAAAGAAGGACAAGGCGCUCACUUCUGCCUUUGGCCAGCUGAUGCUGGACGAUGAGAUGCUGAGGUCGCGUGUGUUUAACGAGUGGCGGCAAGCCGUCUACGACUCCCACCGGGACGCCUGGCACGCCUCAGCUGCGCGGGAGGCCGCGGAGCGACAGAAGGAGGCCCACGAGCAGAAGCUCAACGUGAUGAGGCAAGCCUUCCGCAGCUCCGAUCAGGCGCUGCUGGGCCAAAGCUUCUCGGCCUGGCACGGCCUGGCGCGGUCCCAGAGGCUCCGCGCAGCCGCGCGGGACACCAAGGACGCGCUGAACCUGCGCCGGGCCCUGGAGAUCGCGCAGUUCACCGCCACGGCCUGCCUCACCGCCUGGCACUGCCGCGCGCUGCAGCAGCGCCUGCGGCGCCAAUGGCGCCUCCGGCGGAGCCGCUGUGCCGGCCAGCUGCUGCGCUUCGCGGCGCGGGGCCUGGCGGCGAGCCCGGAGCUGCUUGCCUUCCAGGCGCAGCUGCUGGAGCUGUGGCUCUUGGCGGCUCGCCUGAGCCGCGGCGAGACGCGGCGGAAGUACCGGGUGCGGCGGCGCGGGGAGUUGUUGCUCCAGGUGGUGGACAGCUGGCUGCAGGGCUCCGCGGUGCGGCUCUGGCACCAGCAGACCCUCCGGGAGCACCUGGCGCAGGCGGUGAUCCAGUUCCGGCACCAGGCGGCCUAUGAGGCGGCCGAGGUGCAGCGGCAGCAGAAGCAGCGGGCACUGCUGCAGUCGCUGCUGUCGGCCUGGCUGCAGAGCAGCUGGGAAGGCCACAGCCAGCGCCGGGUGGCCGCCAGCUGCCAGAACGCCCGGGAGGUGCAGCUGUUCCAGCGUGGGCGCAUGCUGCAGGCGCUCAGGCAAAUGCUGCUGGAGCUGGAGCUGGGGGAUCUUCAGGUGAUGCUUCUGAGGUGGUGUGCCGUAGCAAAGCAGAGCCGCUGGGCGCGCAGGGCUGAGGACCGCGGUGUGGGGGCUGCCGAGUGUAGCCUUCGCCUACUGCAGCACAAGUGGCUGUCCCAGUGCUUCUCCUCUUUGGCCUGCGAGGCGCUGCUGUCCCGGCGGCGCGUGGAGCGGGAAGCCUGGGAAGCUCAGGCCAAGAGCGACCGGGACGUUCACAGCCGCUUGCAGCUGAACCAGCGCAAGGCCUUGGCGGCCCUGCGCCAGGAGCAAAGCCGCGCGGGGCUGCGGGGGCGGCGGGCGGCCUGGGCCGCGUGGCGCAGCUACGCGUGCUGGAAGGGCCACCGCAGGAGGCGCCUGGGCGCGCUGCUGCAGCGCUCCGCGGCCGCGGCGGCGCGCGACAGCGCGCGCUGGAACCUGCUGCUUUGGUGCCUCGCGGCGCGGGAGGACAAGGCCCUGGCGCGGUUCUGGCGCUGUAGAUUGCGUGGCUCCGACCUCAUCUUGCGCCUGCGGGGGCUGCUGAUGAAGCAGCAGGCCUUCCGAGGCUGGCAGCACGUCCGCGCCUACGAGGAGCUUUUCAAGAUCCUCUCGGAGACGCAGGCCGACCUGGCGCAAGCCGCGGACGCGGCCGCGCUGGCGGAGACGGCGGCGGCUGCGGCGCAGCAGAGGAAUCAGCAAGUCACGGUGCGUGUGCUUCCCACGCUGAAACCUGCGUGGAGCCAAGCAAAUGCCGUGACGGUGGUUCCGGAGUCUGCGCUCCAGCAGAACUUCAACGCCCCGGCCCUCUCGCUGCAAAAGGACAUCCAGCGGCAUUACGGGCAUCGGCUCCAGGACCGGGCGCUCGGGCCACGGCCGCAGUCCGCACGCCGGGAGCGAGGCACGCCCAAUGCGCGAGAGUGCUCAUUUGAGGUCAACAUCUCGCCGCGAGGUGAAGACCCCUACGAGGCUUGGCCCUGAUGAUUUCGCAGCGCUCCGUUCCGCGUUGAGGGACUCUAAGGCAACCAAGGGGCGCCACCCAGAAGAGUAGCACCCCA